AACUCGGUUGAUCUUGUCGAUCCGUCUUCUAUUUCGAUGGCUGUGCUUUUGUGUUUGCUUGUGCUGCAGGGAUGGACGUGGUUCGUCAGCUGCCGCCCGGUGUGUUCGGAGGGAACAUGGAGAAAAGUACAAAAAGCUUCGUGAGCCGACUACAUCCCAUCGCCCUCUCGUUAAUUGCUGGUUCUCAGACCAGCCUGCAAAAGCGACUUUUUCUUCCAAAACUUGGAUCGAAUUUUAUCAACUCUUCGGACCAAAGCCCACCACCAAAAAAAGAUGCUCAUCUCGCGCCUCCUCGCACUCCUUGCCACCGUCUCUUUGGCGGCCGCGCAGGAUGCUCCCUACACCGGCCCAUGCUCCGAGACCAAUUGCGGAGCUGACGGCCAGGACUGCUCAAAACGCGGCUACCUCUGCGUGCCGUACCCACACAUGGACCUGGAGCUGAGGAAGGGCUGCACCUGCUCUGCCGCUAACCUGGGCCAAGUCCCGGGUGGUGUACAUGAAAUGAACCUGAGCGUGGCCCUAGAGACGACGUUCUUGACCGAAACGUUGACGGAUGGAGCUACAUCCAAGUCGCCAACAUGGUUACACAAUUUCGUCGUCGGCACCGAUCAGUGGUCUCGGGCCGCAGCAAGACUUGGCGUGCUGGGCCGCAAUCGUUGCCCAAGUGGUGGAAGCCAUGUGAGAAACAUAAUGAAACAACAUGGUGCUGAGGAUGCGGUCUUGUAUCCCCGAACCAAUCCGCUGAAAGUCCCCUGUAUGACUUGCCGCACGCACCAAUCGAGUUCAAAUGAAGCAAGGCCAGAGACUGCAGUCUGGCCGUCACAGAUCACUACGCCACUUUCCAAUGUUAUCAGAAAGCUGGCACUGAAGGCAUUAACAUCAGCCAUGGUGCCCUCAUUAACACACCACAAACCCAUGACUGUCAGUUUUGUCUUUCUACUUGUGAUCUUGCAAGAUGAAUGGCAAGGGAAUAUCAUGUUUGGAAUUGAUAUCCUGGGCGACAACUGCAGAUGCAGGCCGCCACCCAAUGCCAACCAGCACACAACCUCCAUCAGCGGCGCGCAAUACUCAACUACUCAACCAUCUACACCACCCCAUCCGACACCCGCACCCAUAAUCGACCCUAGGCAGCUGAAAAAGAGACACAGCACCGGAUCCGAGGCCUGCGGCUACCGCACCGAUGCACAAUGUAAGACUUGUUCGAACGUUCCCCCUCUCCAGCUGACACCUCACCGCAAAGUCCGCCCCUUUGCAUGCGGCUCCGGCCUGACGUGCACAAACUCCAAGAACCUGCGGCGGACGCAAGCCACGCGGAGGACACGGGUGGAGAAGGAGUGCAUCGGCUGGCCGAUCGACCCGCACUCGACGCCGGAGACCGGAUCUGGAUGUGCACACCGCGCUGCGAACGGGACCGGAUGCGAUGCGCAGCCCGCCGCCCGUUCCUUGCAAGCCACCAAGGUCAGCGCCUCUGUGCGAGCUGUCAGGGCAUGGGGUCUAUGCUGUGGCAUUUCCGGGGACUUUGACGGUGGAGAAAAAGAGGAGACGGGUUUGAGCGGCGGUUACUAG